UCAGGGGACGGACAGAGAGCAGUUCCAAUUUUCCAACAGAGAGUCGAACACUGGUCGUACUGCCAUUUCAACACACUCUCUCUCUCUCCCCAUCACAAUCUCUCUCUCUGUCUGUUAUAUCGAUAUAGGCAUACAGUUAGGUAUUGGGAGAGAUAGACAUGCUUGCAUAUGUUGGGGAGCCCAAGUGCCAAGCGCCCAUCUCAGUUUCUCAGUCGAUAAAAGGAGAAGAAGGUUGGGAGUGGGAAGGAUUCAACGUUUGGGUGAAAUUGAAGAAGCUCAUUUUCCUUCUAUUUUUCCCUCCUUCAAAGGGCUAAUUCAACUAUCUCAUCAAAACAUAAAUGGGUCUCAGUUCUAAGCAAGUUUGUAGCGACAGCUUGGAUUGGAUGCAGAACUUGCUGUUGCAAAAUGGAAGCUCGGAGCCCCCCAAGCCAUCACAAGCAAGGCAGCACCAGCAGCAAACACCGCCCUUGGAGUGUCCGAGGUGCCAUUCAACCAACACCAAGUUCUGCUACUACAACAACUACAACCGAUCCCAGCCACGCCAUUUUUGCAAGUCCUGUAGGAGGCACUGGACCAAAGGCGGCACCCUCCGUAACGUCCCUGUUGGUGGGGGACGCAAGAACAAGCGCCUCAAAACCGCUGCCACCACCUCCCACCAAAACACCAAUGCCACCACCACCACCACCACCAAUACCAACACCAACAUGGUUAGUCAGCACCAACAGCGGCCACAGCAACAACAACCACCUACUGCCCAUGUAGAUCAGAAGAACAUCUCUGAAAUUCUGUACCGAGCCCUGCACACACCACUGCCACAACCUGAUUUUGUCAAUAACAGCAACAGCAAUAGCAGCAGCAGCAGCAGGUUGGUGGGUUCACUCCCUUCUUUCCCUCUAAUGCCCCAGUUGCCACUCUUCACAGACAUAAGCCCCUAUGACAACGUUUUUUCUUCCUCUUUGUUCGAGCAAUCCCAUCUCUAUAACUACACUGCCGAUGCCACCAAAGAUGCAAUCUUUGAGAAUAGCACAGAGAGUAGUCUUCUGUUGCCCUCAUCUAUGACAACAACAACAACAACAAUAGCUGCAGUAUCAUCACCAAUCACCACAAGCAAUUACAUGGAGUCUGGUAGCUACUGGAAUUGGGACGAACUUGGGCUCUACUGAUGCCAAGCUGAAAUCUGAAGACGAUACAAGACAAGCAAUCUAAUCAUUUUCAGCAGUUAUAAUGUCAGUUUCUUUCUUCAUCUUUAUCACCAUGUUAUUUUGUUAUAGUUGUGGUUGUGGUCGUUGUUACUCUGCUGUUACAGAGAAAGGUGGACAGAAAAGACUCUCGCGGUUUGGGGUUGAGGCGUCAAAAGAAAGAUUAUGGGGGCAUCUUCUACUGAUCAUGUAAAAGGGUAGGAAUAGGAUUUUACGGGAGAAUAGGAUAGAGAGGUGGGUUUCGUUAGGAUCUUGGGACCGAUUCUUAGUGUGUUUGUACUGUAAAUAUGAUAUUUCAUGUCGUUCGUAUGCUUUUU